UGCGCGGGCACGCGGUGCAUCCGGGUUCCCGGCCGGGAGCCGUCCGUCCGUCUCUCCCUGUGUGCGCGGCGCGGCGGCGGCGGGAAAUGGCGCCCGAAUGUUGGCGAGUGUAAACAGCGAGCGGCGGCGUAGCGACACCGAGCGGCCCCCAGGCCCGGCGGCCACUCGCCUCCUGAUUAGAAUUGAGGUUCCAUGGUGUGAUUUCAUCUCCAUUUCAGAAUAUAAAUGUUUUGUACCACAUGACUUGACUUGCUCCUCUACUGUGCUGUUCGCCUGUUCAUUCCUGAUGCCAAAAUAAGCAACAACUCUGUCCUGCACUAUUUUCUUACCUUUGUACAUGUGACACCUUUUCAAAAUGAGGCUGAGAAUGCGAAAAGCUUCUCAGCAGCCAAACUCUGUCCAUGAAUCACGAGCAGCAAAGACAAAGCGGAAGCGCUCUGAUGUAGAUGAUUCGGUACCUAUUAUGGGGGUAAAACCUCAGAAAAAGGAAACUGGUUUGCUCUCGUCAAUUAAAAGACUUAUCCGAGGAACUGCAACAAAGGCAGAAGCAGAGAAUCCUCCAAAGAAAAAAUGUAAACUUGAUGGUGACCUGGAUGACAACAUGAUCACUUCAACACCCCACACCGGCACAAAACCUAACAAACAAAUCUCUAGAGUAAGACGGAAAAGCCCAGUGAACGGAGAGACUGGAGGUUACAGAAGUAAACAGAAUGGAAAACUAACGAUAGUUAAUGAUGUCGUUAGCCCUCCACGAACUGCCUUACUGGGAACCAUCUUUUCUCCUGUUUUCAGUUUCUUUUCACCAGCAAACAAAAAUGGAACAUCAGGAUCUGACUCCCCAGGUCAAGCUGUGGAGGCUGAAGAAAUAGUCAAACAGCUGGAAUUGGAGCAAGUAGACGAGAUAACCACCAGCACAGCAACAUCAGCAACGGGAGGACUAUACUCUGGCCAAGCAGUGACAGCACAAUCACCGUCCCCUGACAGCAGUUCAGAUAAUGCGGAAGAUAAGGUCGCCAGUAAAGCUCAUCCAAUGCCAGCACCAGAAUUGAAUGUGACGAAUGCAGAACUCUGUAAGACAAUAUCUCCACCUGGCACUUAUCCAGAAGCACCUGCUCACCCGGAGGCAAGCUAUGAAGAGGACUGGGAGGUUUUUGAUCCUUAUUUCUUCAUCAAGCAUGUGCCACCAUUAACAGAAGAACAGCUCAGUCGAAAACCAGCUCUGCCACUUAAAACCAGAAGUACACCUGAAUUCUCUUUGGUUCUAGACUUGGAUGAGACCUUGGUGCACUGCAGUCUCAAUGAACUGGAUGAUGCAGCACUUACUUUUCCUGUCCUUUUCCAGGACGUGAUUUACCAGGUUUACGUACGGUUGAGACCUUACUUCCGUGAAUUCCUGGAAAGAAUGUCCCAAAUUUACGAGAUUAUUCUGUUCACUGCCUCCAAGAAAGUCUAUGCAGAUAAAUUACUGAAUAUUCUGGAUCCUAAGAAGCAGCUAGUCAGGCACAGGCUAUUCCGCGAGCAUUGUGUGUGUGUGCAGGGAAAUUACAUAAAGGAUUUGAAUAUCCUCGGAAGGGAUCUUUCAAAAACAAUCAUUAUUGACAACUCUCCGCAAGCCUUUGCAUACCAGCUAUCCAAUGGAAUUCCAAUUGAAAGCUGGUUCAUGGAUAAGAAUGACAUGGAGCUUUUGAAACUGAUUCCGUUUCUAGAGAAACUAGUAGAGCUGAAUGAAGAUGUUCGACCCCACAUCAGAGAGAAAUUUCGUUUGCAUGAUUUGCUCCCUCCGGAUUAAGAACAUGUGGCCAACACCAUCUCUGAAGGGGGCGGAGAAAUCAAAAGCAGGACCCUUUGGACUACAAGACAUUGCCAUUACUGUUGAAAUUUGCAUUUUUGUACCUCGUCUUGCUUUUCUUGUCUUGGACACCCACAAUUAACCAAGGGGUUGCAGAGAGUGAACUCAGUCUCAAAGAUUUAAGAUGGUUUGGAACAGGAAAGGAUAUUGCAGGGUUUAAAAACAAAACAAAAUAAGAAACGGUAUAUGCAGUUAAAAAAUCUGAACGUGCAGAUCCCGAUAGCACAUGUACAGCACGCAAUAGAUAUUCUGUUGUCCUGUUUAAUGUGCUUCUAAAGACAGUUUGCUGGUAACAAGUGUGAAAUGCUGUGGUCUGUUGCAAUACAUGUUGAUGAGACUUUGACUGUAUCAGCUAUCAAUAGUUGGCACUUUCCUUUGUGACACAAAACUAACACCGUUAGUACUUCUGUUAAAUGUAUUUCUGUUUUUGCCACCAGCAUUUUGCUUAACUUGUAUUAUCACAGGUUUACAUAGGAGGAGAAUGCUGACUAUAUUUCCUCUGGGUGGUGCUUUUUAAAGUGGUCUUUACCCACUUUUUAAAAUGCAGGUCUCAUUUCAACAGGAAUGGCCAGUAUAUUAUAAAAGAUACAAAAAAAUUAUGGUUCAGGUUUUAGGCUUUUAUGUUUUCCUAGUAUAUGAAAUAAUAUCCAAUUAUAAAAGCAUUCCUUUUAACUAUAAUGUAAUGUAGAAUGCCUCCCGCCUCCAUGACCACCUCCAAUUCCCAAACAAGAAAGAAUCAUAUCUAAUUUGAAUCACCCUGCUUUGACAGGCUGUGAAGUAAUGUAUAUUUGUUAAAAUAAAAUGAUAAAUCUAUAGGUUAGUCAAAAUAAAUCAUUUUCGUAACAUACGUUUAUUUAUAUUAAUUAAAGAACAGAAAUUUUCACCCACAGUAGCUGUGAUCUGUUAAGAGAAAGGGUGAGCGUACAAAGGGAUAGACAUGAUACAGAUAUUCUAACUUUACAAACUUAAUUUUAAAUUCAUAAAUUGUACAGUCUUCACCUGGACGAGGCAGAGGGAAGAAUGGGAAAUGGGCUGGAAAGAAGUAGGGGGGAAAUUAUUGCAGGUGAUCAAAUCUAACAAGUGCAGGACUCAAUGUCUGAUCAGCUUUUUAUAUCCACUGUCACAAUACUUCACCUGCCAUCAUUUGGAUAAAUGUGGUGGAAGCAUGAUCAGUGGUGGCAGGAAGAUGGCAGUGUGAGCCAAACAGAGACUGUUCUGACUGCUCUCUCCCCUUUCUCUCCCUCUUGUUGCCAUUCUUCCCAAAAGUAAACCAGAUUGUUAUUCCCGUUUAAAAAAAAAAAAAAAAUUGUCUCCUCUCUCCCAAUCCUUCCCCUGGCUUACUUUUUCCACGGUAUUGUUUACUCGAAGGAGCAUUGCAUGAAUUGCCUCUAGACUGCAUUGAUAAGCCACAGACAUCGCCAUGGACUCAUUUUCUAAGGAAACUGGAAAAAAGCAGCACUUUUUAUUACGGAGAGGAGCUAGGUGCAUUUCCUUAGAACUGUAGAAGAUUGUUCAGGACGAGGUGUGUGGUAGCAAAGGUGAGCAGCACAUGAAUGAGGAUGGCAGUUAAAUUUUUUUAUGUAUAUUACCAAUUUACUUGUACAAAACUUUCUUGUACAAAACUACAUGCAGCUUCAUUUAAAAAAAAUCCUUAAAGUAAGGAGAAAUCUUUUUAAAGAAAGCGGUUUAAUUUUUGUAUUUUUGAUUUUAUGAAAGGCAUGAGUUAUGUCUACUUUUUCAGUGUAUUAAUGAAGAUUUUAACUUUUCAUCAGGUUGAGCGUUUUUCUUACUAUUAUCUAUUGUGUAUGUAGUUAGCACAUUGUGACACUGAAAUGUUAAAAUCUAGCAUGUAGAAAUAAGCCUGUUUUUGUGGGGAGGAAGAAAAACCCUUUUAUCCAUUAAAUAUUUUAAUCAUGGCAGGUUUUUCUGCAGAAAAUAAUUUGAAAAGCGUUUGCAUUUCAGAGAAAUACUGAUUUUGUAUUUAAAGAAAGGUAUUUUGCUUGCAGGAAUCUAUUUACUACAGAUUCACUUUAAUGAUAACCUUUGAGAUGUAUUUAAAUACCGUAGGGCAUCUGGGCAUCUUUCUUUAUGCUGUUUGUCAUUUUGUCUUUAUUGAAAUAAAAAAUGUACAGUACAUUACUUUUACAAAUGUUACAAACAUUUUGAAAUGUUGCAAAUUCUGCGUCAAGUAAUCCAAACCUAAUCCCUCAAUUUAGGCCCUCUCGUCAUCAGCCUGUAUCUUCCUCUGUCAAAAUAAUUUGAUUUUCUUUCAAAAGAUUAAUGAUCACUGCCUCAGCUUUUCUGUAACAAAAAAAAAAUGCUCCAACUGUGUUUUGCACUUGAUGCCUUAAUUUACCAAAAGCAGUAAGAUUAUAAUGAUAUUUAUAUUUGGGUUAAAGCAAGGAGUCAACACAAGAUAAAAACCUUAUUUUCAUCAGGAGAGAACAGUGAAUGUGCCUCCUGUACAUUCUUCUCACUUUUUUUUAAGAAGUUCUGUUUUCAGUAGAAGCAAUUCUCAAAAAUAUAGAUAAUAUAUGGGCAACUUCUUCAAUUCUCUCUCAAUCUUUGCAUGCCCGAGAAUUCAGAAGGUUGGGGUUAUUUGAACAAAGUUUUUUAGGAUGUUACGGGUAACUGGUAGGAAACUAGGACUUGUGAGACGUCUAAAAAAAUAUGCCCAGGCUUCUCAGGGUUGAAGUUAGGAAAUAUUUCUAUACAUUUUAAAAUGGCAGUUGCUUUUCUUCAUUUAUUAAUUCAUAAAUUGAGGCUAAGAAUUCUGUUCACCAAAGGUAAUAGAGCACAGUGUCCAAAUGUGGGUUUAUGGGGUUUUGUCACUGAUUGUCCAUGAUCUCAUCAAACAGGAACAAAAACUCGAGGUACUUACUGGCAGCUACUUGUUCUAGUGGAUCUGUGUUCCAGUUGUAAUGCCAACUUUAUUUAGUUUGCAGCUAAAUCAGAUAGCACAUCUCAUAGUGUGAUCUUGUUCACAGUCAAUUUAGCUGAUCAGGGCUGGUGGUGGUAGAAGUCAUUACAAUGCUUCAAUUUUGCCCUCCCUCAUCAGUUGAUGAAAUGGUCAAAAUAGAGUCAUAGAGAGAAACAAUAUGGAAAUAUCAUCCCACCAUCCAUGGUGCCCUUCAACCAUCCAUUUACACUGACCCUACAUUCAUCCCAUUUUUAUUCUCCCCACAUUCUUAUCAGUUCCCAUCAUAUUCUACCUACUCACUGUGGAAAAUUUACAGUGGUCAACUAACCUACCAACUUGCAAGUCCUUAGGAUAUGAGAGGAAACUAGAACACCCAGAAAAACGUACACAGCACAGGGAGAACAUAAAUUCCACACAGGCAGCACCUGAGGUCAGGAUGAAACCGCGGCUUUUGCUGCUGCCAGCAGUGCCACAGUGCACUCCGUCUCUACUCCCCACCAGCCACCAACUUGAACUAGAAUUGGAUGCAUCUGGAUUUUUUGAGAGCUGUGAUUAAUUCCACUACUGUCAGUGUUCAACCAUUUGAUACUCUGCUCUGCUUAAUGACCACCUGGCAGAGGUAUCAGGUCUUCUCUGUGUUCAUGCAAGUGUUUGGAUUGUACUUGGAUCCUGCUGAAAUCAGACUUCAACUUGCUGGUUUACAUUUGUCAUGAAAUGAAUCAUGCAGGCUGCACAUGAAAGCACCCUGUCUAUCAUUUUCACACUGGAUCUUCUCCUGUCUCUGAAUAUUGAUCCUCUGCCAUCAUAUUACCUGACAUGGUAAUCAUACAAGCCAGGUGGAGUCCCUGGACAUUGAAAAAAUGUUCUGUUUGAAUUACAGAGAAUGUGCAGUUUUGAAACUGGCUCUGCUGGCAAACUCAUGCUAAUAUUCUCCCAACCCACUUCAUCAGAACCUAUCAAUGUUCCUUUCUACUCGGUUCCUCCUUAAACUGCCAUUACCGCAACCACUCCCUGGGGGAUUGGUUUCCACAUUCCCACCACUGUCUCGGCAAAUAAGUAUGACGUGAAUUCAUUUGUUAGUUUAUAUUUCUGAGAGCUUGAUUUUUGUGUGGAAACGUCUGAAUACGUUUUUUUGAAGCAUUUUGUGACCAUCCUUCAGCCUUCGUUUCCAUGAGAAAAUUACCCCAAGCUGUUCAGCCUUUUGUGAUUGUUAUAACAUUAGCAGAAUGAGUUCUUGAACCUUGGGCUGCGGCCUGUCACCACAGCUUCACAGACGCUCUUCAAAAGGAUUGGUAGGUGCCUUCCCCUCCUGCCCCCCCCUCUCCCCCUCCAAACAGUUAAGAAACCUGCAUGCUGUAAAUGUACCGGGGUGAACAUUCGGCAGAAAAUCUCAGCUCACAUAUUUGUUAGGGGAUAGGAGGAGGCCAUUCUACCCUCAGGUCCAUGCUGCACAGAGCCAUUCACCUUUUCUUAUCCUGCAGGCCUGCAAACAGCGUUAUGUCACGAGCUUCCACUUCCCUCUCAAAAACCUGUUUUUAACAAUCAAUACAAGCAGUGAGUUCCAACCCAGAAGCUCACUUGAUCUUUUAAAAAGAUACUUCCCGAGCAUUUUCCCAGUAAUCCUUACCUUCUAAUGGGAACAGCUUCUCGUUAUUUAUACUGUUUGGAACCAUCAUUAUCUCAAGUCUCCUCUCAAUGUUCUCUAUUCAAAGCUCUCCCAAUAUUUGAUUAGGAGAAGGUGCCCAUAGAGAUGAGGAAUUGUUUCAUCAGCAUAGAGGAGAUUAGGGUCUAGGUGGUGGAUGGGAGUGAGAAGGUAUGCGGGUAUCUCAAUUUGAAAAAUUGAUAGUGAAGAUUAUGUACACUAAUAAAUGACCCGCUGUAAUAACAUCUGGUGUCUCUGUCAUGUCAAAGAGCAGGACUGCCAGGAUAGCUGGCAAUGGAGAUAGCCUGCAGGCUUACAUGUAACUUAGGCAAGAUAAUGUGAGGAUUGAAACGCAUGAAGGGUCAACACCUUUAUAUUAAUAUAGGUCUAAAGUAAACCUGAAAAUGAAGCCCAUCGUUUAGAUUGCACUGCCUUUAUUUGACACUCCGGAACUUGUGAAAGGAUUGUUUCUCUACCUUUUGUAUAUUGGUUAAUUCUAAUGCCACUGUCUCCAUUUUGGAAUCUUAACAUUUUCUGCAUUUCUCCAAAGUCAUAUCUGACCAAGUUUAUAUUCCUUUAACUUUCCACACCUGUAAAAUUGGCUAUAAAUGUUAGACUGCUACAGUCUGAAAUUAGCAUCAUUGACUUUGUGCUAGUUUAUUUUUGGUAGUAACAUGGGAAAAUGUGAAUAUAAAAUCUGGAAUAAGAAAAGAUCAAUCAACUCUAUUGAUGUGGACUGCAACUUGUACCAAUCAAGGUUGAAUGACCAUAGGCAAACCUCAUAGCUUUCUGAACAAUUAUCUCACAUUGGAGUAAUCAAACAAUGCUCAUGAUGAGCAAUGUUUGCUUUUGUUACUAUUGAAAAGUAUAUACAAUCAAUAAAUUUUUUAAUGAAA